GAUGCGCUCAUUGGUCAAGGAAGGGGCGCCUGUUACUAGAGGCGAGAACCGGAGCCCAUUGGUCGGAACACCUCACAAUGGACCCCAGCGGCGCGCAGAGUCCUUAUUAUUGGUUUGCUGGCUGCCUCGGGAGACCCUGUUGCCAGGACACUUGGCGCUCCCGACCCGAUCCCCGUUCCCCAUUGGCUGUCAUGGCAAAAGCCGCCAUCUAAUGAGGAGCGAGGUGCGGGGCUCCGGAGCGCGCGCUUCCCGCGAUGCGAUCUAGUCCUGCAGGAGGCGGCCCAGGGGCCUGACAUCGCUCCCAGCGCUCGAGGACCGAGGCCUGUUGUGGAGGACACCGUGCUCCCUUGGGACCUGCUCUGGAUUCCGGCCCGGGCGUCCCCUCGGAGCUCUGCAUCUCCAACCUGGAACCCAACCCAGAAGGCUCAAGUUUGACUCAUCACGCGGCGUGCGGAUCCACUGAGGGUCCACAGAGAGGGGCGCCCAUCUCCUGCGUCUCAGUUAUCCCGGUAAUCGUGUAUCUGCCCAUUGUUCGUUGCCUCAUUAACUUGGCUUUUUGGGUGCACCCACCUUGCCACCAGAGAAGUCUAAAUCCUGACUUCUCUCCAAGGUGUUGGGAAUUCUGUGCCCUAAAGAAUUCCGACUCAGAUCCGAACAGGGAGCUGGUGGAAUCGAGGGUGAAAGACCAGAGGGACGAUGUUCUACUAUCCCAACGUGCUUCAGCGCCACACCGGCUGCUUUGCCACCAUCUGGCUGGCGGCGACGCGCGGCAGCCGUUUGGUGAAGCGCGAAUACCUGAGGGUGAAUGUGGUGAAGACCUGCGAGGAAAUCCUCAAUUACGUGCUGGUACGAGUGCAACCCCCGCAGCCCGGCCUGCCGCGGCCCCGCUUCUCCCUCUAUCUCUCAGCCCAACUUCAGAUCGGUGUGAUCCGCGUCUAUUCUCAACAAUGCCAGUACCUCGUGGGUAAGGCUGGGCACCCUCAAAGGUGGGGCGGGCUGAGCAGCUGUCUGCUAAGCUGGCUGUCUACCUCGCUCUCCCUGCCCACAGAGGACAUCCAGCACAUCUUGGAACGCCUCCAUCGUGCCCAGCUGCAGAUCCGAAUAGAUAUGGUGACUGAGCUACCCAGCCUGCUGCUUCCUAACCAGCUGGCCAUGAUGGAGACCCUAGAAGAUGCUCCAGAUCCCUUUUUCGGGAUGAUGUCUGUGGAUCCCAGACUUCCUAGUCCUUUCGAUAUCCCUCAGAUUCGACACCUCUUAGAGGCUGCAGCCCCAGAGAGAGUUGAAGAGAUCCCUCCUGAAGUCCCUACAGAGCCCAGGAAGCCAGAAAGGAUUCCGGUCACUGUGCUGCCACCUGAGGCCAUCACGCUCCUGGAGGCAGAGCCGAUACGGAUGCUACCAAUUGAGGGUGAAAGGGAGCUCCCAGAGGUCAGCCGCCGAGAACUGGACCUGCUGAUCGCAGAGGAAGAGGAAGCUGUCUUGUUAGAAAUCCCGCGGCUCCCACCUCCAGCUCCUGCAGAGGUGGAAGGAAUAGAAGAGGCACUGGGCCCUGAGGAGCUGAGGCUGAUAGGCUGGGAGCCUGGGGCCCUACUCAUGGGUGAGUGCCCAACAUGCCCCAGGGGCUUUUCUGGGAGUACCUGGAUACUGCUGCAGACAAGGGCUUUAUAUCCCAACUUGCUAAAGGGAGGACCCUGCAGUUUCUUGCCCUGGCAUUCUGCAAGGGGUAAGGGGCUAUGGGACAGAGCCACAACCUUGGGUGUUGUUGCAGAGGUGACCCCCCCGGAGGAGCUGCGUCUGCCAGCCCCACCCAGCCCAGAGCGGCCCCCAGUCCCCCCACCGCCUCGCCGCCGCCGUCGUCGCCAGUUACUAUUCUGGGACAAGGAGACUCAGAUCUCCCGGGAGAAAUUCCGGGAACAACUGCAAACCAGAGCCCACUGCCGGGAAUGUCCCAUGGUGCAGCCUCCCGAGAGGACCAUCACAGGCCCUGCGGAGUUGUUCAGAACCCCAACUCUCUCUGGCUGGCUACCCCCUGAACUACUGGGUCUCUGGACCCAUUGUGCCCAGCCACCCCCAAAAGCCCUCAGACGAGAGCUGGCUGAGGAGGAAAGGAGAAAGAUUGAAGUUCCGAGUGAGAUCGAGGUCCCGAGGGAGGCCCUGGAGCCCAGUGGUCCCCUUAUGGUGUCUCCAGAGAUCUCCCUAGAGGCAGCUGAAGAGGAGAAGACCCGCAUCAGCCUUAUCCCACCAGAAGAACGGUGGGCCUGGGCUGAGGUGGAGCAGCCAGAACUUCCUGCACUGCCCGUGGUGCCUGAACUCCCUGAGGUGCCCAUGGAGAUGCCUUUGGUGCUGCCCCCAGAGCUCGAGCUGCUCUCACUGGAAGCUGUGCACAGGGCAGUGGCACGGGAGCUGCAGGCUAACAGGGAGCCCGACUUCAGCAGCCUGGUGUCACCUCUCAGCCCCCGCAGGAUGGCUGCCCGGGUCUUCUACCUGCUCCUGGGUGAGUGUAUGCAUGUGUGUGUGCGGGGGGGGGGGGGGGGCAGGGACACACAGACCAGAGGCCCGUACAGGGACUCCCCCGACCUGCCCUCUCCUCCCCUCCUGACCAGUGCUCUCAGCGCAACAGAUUCUUCACGUGGAACAAGAAAAGCCAUAUGGUCGCCUUCUGAUCCAGCCAGGGCCCAGAUUCUACUAAGGUUAGAGUCCAUUUACAAAGCUGCCAGGAAACCAGCCACUUCUAGUACACCACGUCGUGCCUCACUGGGUCCUGCUUACCUCAUUUCUGAAUGUGCAUUUCCAGCCUUCUUGUUCUCAGAGCUAUUGUUCAAGCAGAAAACAAGCUGCUUUUAUUACAGUAUGAUGUCAUGACUCAUUUGUAACAGAUCCAGCCUCAGGGACAGCCCUGUAAGGCAGCAAGUGGGGCUGGCUCCAAAUGGGUAUGAGUCUCAGAAUCUUUGGUAAGGCAGAACUGAACUGGGCUGAGAGGUGGUCUUAAGGCCUGGGCAGGCUCUAUUCUCUCUGGACUGGCUGCAGCCUGCAGUCUAGGAGAGGCCCAGUUCAGCCUGGAGCUCCUGAGCCUUGUCAACAGGCAGUGAGCCCAGAGCUGCUUGAAAGCUGUCGGCAUGCUGUUUGGCCAGGAACGUCAGGAGCAGCAACAGUGCGGCCUUGGUGUCUGGGUGGAGAGGGAGGGAGAAAGGUCAGGGCUCCUAAAGCCUCGCUGCCCCAGGCCCUCUGAGCCUUGCCACUCCCAGCCUCUCCGAAGCCCCUUCCCAUGACUCCUACCCUCACCUGGUGGGAUCUUGUUGUCAGCCAGAAUGAGGCUGCAGAUACGCAAAAGCUCGGGGGCCACAUCUAUAACCUGUGAGGAAAGAGUGGCUGACUCAGGGCAGCAGCCCCAGACCCCAGGUCUAGGCGGAUGGUCAGGACCAAGGAGUGGCAGAGUCUCUUAUCAGGGGGGUGGUUGCACCUGGUACUGAUUCACAGGCAUCCAAGACAACUAUGAACAUGAGAAGAACCAAUGAAA